CUAGGCCUUUGUCCUUUUACAACCACCAUUCUCAUUCGGACACAGGACAGACCCAAAGCCUUGACAAGCAAGGAUUUUGAGACCUAUCAUGAAGCUGUUUAGCAUCUUCAUUGGCACCCUCUUUUUCAUCGGAGCAGCAGGAUCUGCUGAUGACAUCUUUGAUCUCUCUGAUGCCUUAACUCCUGUUGAUCCUCCUCAGAUUAACCCAGAAAAAGAUCAGUGUCCCAAUGAAGCUCGUGACAUUGUCUUCCUGCUUGAUGGCUCAACCAGCGUCCGUCCCUCAGAUUUCAUUGAAAUGAAAGCUUUUAUUGCUCUCAUGAUGAAAAGAUUCCCUGAGAAUACACAUUUCGCUCUCCUACAGUUCUCCAGCCACUUUCAAGAACAUUUUGACUUUAGACAUUUCCAGAGAAAUCGCGAUCCUGACCAUCUGAUGAGAGAAGUGAAUCAGCUGAGAGGCUCCUCAUACACAGCCACUGGGAUCAGGAAAGCCACGGAGCUAUUCACCACACAGAAAGGUGCCCGAGCUACAGCCAAGAGGUUCCUUGUGGUGGUGACGGAUGGGGAGAAAUUUGGGGACAUGUUGGAGUAUGCAGAGGUUAUAGAGGAAGCCAACAGAGCUAAAAUUACACGCUUUGCCAUUGGGGUUGGCAUAGUUUUCACAAGCAGAGUUGCCCAGAGGGAGCUCCACAGCAUUGGCUCUCAUCCUGUUCCAGAUCACGUCUUUGUUGUGAGGCACUUCACCGGCCUCCGGGACAUCCAGACCCAGCUGAAAGAGAAGAUUUGUGCCAAUCACGGCGUCAGGGUGCCACACACAACAAGAGCACCGUCAGCCUCACCGGGCACCUGCCCCAAGCCUGAUGCUCAGGUGCUGCACAAACUGGAGCAAGUGCUGCAUAGCCUGGAUCAAGUCAAAACCAAGCUGGAUUUCCUGGAGGCUAAACAAGGGAAAUGUGGACAAAGGCCCUAGCAUGUGUCCAAUGCAGAUAGAGUGAUCUACAGCAGGAGGCAAGCGGUGGAGGGGGAAAUGUGAGAAUCUCAAAGAAAGGAGAUGAGAAGUGGUAAGAUAGAGGGUGCAUCCACAUUGUAGAAUGAAUACAGUUUGACACCACUUUAACUGCUAUGCAUUAAUGCUAUGGAAUCUUGGAAGCUGAAUUUUUGGUAAGGCACCAGCAUUCUUUGACGGAGAAGGCUAAAACCUUGGAAAACUACAAACCCCAGAAUUUCAUAGCAUUAAGCCAUGGCAGUUAAAGUGGUGUCAACACUAUAGAUGCACCCUUUCCCCCAUUUUGUAUGCCAACACUAUUUGACAGUUGGGUGGUUUAUACAUUCAGUUUUAACGUGGCCUCUAAUAAAAAUGCUGAACGAUUUCGAAACCAAUAAAGCCACCUGUUUUCUGGU